CCUCUUAGCGAUCUUCAGCGCAACCAGUCUACGUUAAAACGUUGUACGCAACGGUUUGUGUUUACGCAUACUACGAGUUCGAGUACAAAUACGAAUACAUUCGAAAGGAAUUAAGAAUUCUUAGUGGCAUUCUAAACGUGCAAUCGCGUGUUGUGUUUUGCCUAUAUGUGGAAGAGUGUGUGUUUUCAAGGUGAAGGACCAGUCAAAAUAAACGAAAGUGCGAAUGUCAUAAAAAUCGCUUUGAAGCGUCUGAUUGUUUUGAUUUCGGAGAAAAGUGUCUGAAAACCGGUGAAAAGGUGGCGCUCAUUGCAGAUCGGUUAAAAGAUAUAAAAUUGGCAUUAGUGUCUGUUUGUGUGUUUACACCGUGAAGAUUUAUUGUUGAAAAUUAAAAAUAAUAAAAUUUACUUGAAACGCAUCAAGAGCUCUUAGAUUUACUCAGUAAAUAUUGCAAAGGUGAAAAGCUGAUUCUUUAAUAUAAAAAAUUCCAUCAUCAAACCAUGAAUUGGCUGUAUCUCCUGACGAUAGCAGCCUUUUUGGCUGUGAGCAGCGUGAAUUCGCUUUCACUUGAUCCAGUGGCCUCCACUGAGCUGGAGCAGCAUAUAAAGAAGGGUGAUUGCGUGAUAUCAAUGCGACACAUACGCCCGCGUCGCAAGCUACACAUAUCCAUUGAAGCGCUCUUUAUGAUCGAUUUCCCUACGUUGAAACAUAAAUUAUCCUUUUUCCUCGAUCGCAUGAAUCAACGUGUCACUUUGGAUGUAACGGCCAAUGGUGCCACUGUAUCGAAACAUUUCGAAUUGCCGAAUACGAAUGAGACCAGCACAAUACGUUCACUGGCAUUGCAUUUCCAUAAGAAUCGCAUAGCAAUGUUGGUGGAUUGCAAGGAGAGUUCAACGCAUGAAUUAGAUGUCAGCUUGACGGAGCUCUAUGCGCAGAUGGACACAGAUCCGGUUAUUAAACUGUUCAGGGAACGCAAAUACCCAUUGUACUUUGAUGGACAACUGGAGCCGGCGCUGCAGCGCACCAAUUGCCAAAAGGGCGUGCACAAGCGCAAUAAAGUGCACAUGAUGCGUACUCAGGUGGCGGAGAAGAAUAAGAAACGCGAUGUACGCAAUUGGUACAACAACGAUUCCAAUGAUAAACAUCACGAGGAGGAACGCACACCAAUUGAGGUUGAGCAGCGCGGUGACAUUCCCAUCAUGCAUGGCGAUUGUGAAGACGCCCUCGCAAAAUCAUUGAGCGACCUCAUGGAAUUGGUGAAACUUUUGCGCGAAGAUAUCGCCAACCAACGUCAAGAGAUCACCUACCUACGCCGCUUACUCGAGAAUUGCGCCGGCUGCAAGGAGCCGAGCAGCAGCAGUCUACGCUUGGAACCGACAUGUCGCAAUGCUAAUCCCUGCUAUCCAGGUGUUGAGUGCCGCGAAACGUCUAGUGGUCUGAGGUGUGGCCGCUGUCCGAUGGGUCUCGUGGGCGAUGGCAAAAUUUGUAAGCCGGCCGUCACUUGCGCUGAUCGUCCUUGUUUCAUUGGCGUACAGUGUCGUGACACGCUAAAUGGUCCGCAAUGCGAUGCUUGUCCACUGGGCUAUGACGGUGACGGACGUUCGUGCACAAUACGCUCAGCUAACAUCUUAGUGCCUUCUCAUAAUGUUCAACACUAUCAACGUCAAUACACUGCACGCAAAUACUCCGUUAUAAGCUCAUGAGGAGGAGGCCUGCUAAUAAACCCGAAGUCAGCACGCAGCAAUGCAUACGGAAGCUUAGUAGCAUGUGCAACUUAAUUUUAGUCAAUUGUGUUUAAUAAUUGCAAUAUUAUAACUUGCCUUAAGGUAAAAUAUUUAUAUUUUUGUUCAAGUAUUAUGGAAUCCAAAAAGCGAGCAUUACAAAUACACAAAUAUAAUUUACACAUAA